AUGUCUGAUCCCUGUCUAUUCCAUGCCACACUAUUCAGUGCAUCUGCAUCGAUUGAUAUGCUACGGGGUCAACAGAAUACCGCACGAACCCUGUACCACCAGACCUGGGCUAUGCGCUUGAUCAAUGAACGGUUAGCACAAACAGAACCGGUCCUAAACUAUGGAACCCUGGGCGCGGUAAUACCCUUGCUGUAUUAUAACAUGGUCGCACUUGACCGAGACUCUGCGGUCGCACACCAGCAAGGCCUGGUGAAGAUGCUUCUUGCGACGCCCCAAUCCAUUCGAGACGACAUAGGACCUCUGAUUGCCAUUGUCAAGGUGUAA